ACCCAAUGGGCCAUACUGACCAGGAGCGAUCCAAACUUUGGCAUUCGGAUAUUUUUCCAAAAAGGCUUUCAUCGGAGCUUUGUGUUCGAAGGCAUUACACGGCAAAACGACGUGUUCGACUGGCCCACCAAUGCUGUCGAGAAGACUACAAAACUCGCCCGUCGGCCACUGAGGAGAAUGAACCCAUAAACCUCCGGUCUUCUUCAAGCGCACAACGUUGCAUCGAAUCGUCGCAGUCACAUUCGCAAAGGUCAACAAUUGCUCCAAUGCCCAAGCAUCGCGACCCAGAUCGUACAGGUAGGUAGCUCGGUCAUUGAAAGGGGGUGUCAAUGCCRGGAAGUAAGAUCGACCAGCCUCUGGACUCGAAACGAAUGGAUUGCUGUAGUAUUCCUUUGCUAAUGCUGGACGAGGCUGUUGAGACACGCUUUCCCCACCGAUCGUUGAUUCUGCAGAUGCCGGUGGGAUCGUGUUUUGGAAUGAAAGGGCGGAUGCAAAGGCUGAUCCUGAAAUCAACCAAUCUCGGCGCGUGAUGAUAGAGGAUGGGGGCGGUGCGCCAGGAACGGAUUUUCCAUCUCCCCUGAUUUUUCGCGGAGCAUUUGCCGAGAGGGAAGAGACAGCGAUGAAAUCAAGGCAUCCGAACAGAGCACCAAAGAUGGUUGCUACCACGAUUAUCUGUUGACGACAUUUAACAAUCAUUCCUGUCCUCACGUAGACACUUGAACUUUCGAAGAGAUACAGUACUGCCUUUGGGGAUGCUGGAUUGGCAUCAGCAAUGGGAAUUUGAAAAUAGGUCCAGUGGGAAGGACAGUAUUGACUGAAUACUUACUCGUAUCCAAAAAUCGACGCACAUUACUACUCGGAGUACGAGUACGUACGUACGUACCAUUCUGAAUACGGCAGUUUUUGGAACAGUUUUUGGAACACUUUUUGGAAUUUUUUUGGAUUUUGUUUGGAAGCAUUUUCAUUUUUCAUUAGAAUCCUUGACUUGAAAAAUUUAGUCUCUCAGAUACUACUAUUAGAUAAAAACAGAUUGAUGCCCAGCGACUAGACUCAUGCCUAAGGAUGCAAAAAAAUAACUUUCUUGGGUGCAACAGCAAUAGAAACUGGCAGUGUCACUACAAUUCUCCUGCCAUAGUAGUACUACUACUAGGUAGUACUAGUAGUAGUACUAGUAGUACUACUAGUAUUAGUACUAGUAGUAACAACACAAACAACAGAACCAGCAGCCAGAUGUUUCUUCCUGCAACUUGUAGGUACAGUAACCCAUCAACUAGUAGAGGAGGAUUGACUGCCAAUAACUACUAUGAUGGUCUCCUGAAGUUACUUUAAACUUAAAAGGAAUUGUAAUUGUUGCAUUGAUAGUACUACUACUAGCUAUUUGCAAAUGCCAAAGGUGAACCACUAGACAUCAUACUAGUAGUAGUCAUUCAGCACAAUGAACAUUCCAAUAAAACAAAAGUCAUCUUCAGGAGAACUAGUUAAGGUGAGGUAGAGCUGUGCCAAAAUUUCAAUGAUGAUAGAGGGAAUUUACUUGAACAUGUUAGUGCAAGAACCCUUUGUGAYCUUUUGCCCCUAUCCGCAGGAGAGAGAUCUGGUCUGUUGUCUUUCUCUUCUAGUGCUGCCYAUGCAAGGGCAACUUCCUUCAAUUCAGGGGACAAAGAAUAAGGCAAAAGAGGCCAUAAAUUUUUAAAGUGAAGUUAUGUACAAGAUAUUUAGUAAAUCAACUGAAAGGAAUUAAUUUUGGGAGGAGUGGUGUCAAAUUCUAGUUCUAUUUGAAUUAAAAAUAGAAACGCACAUGUGAAAUUGACCAAUWUGAGCCCUAUGGUGCAUGCUGUUUGGUGUUUUCCUUGGUUCUCUGCAACACAUUGUUCGUGCAUCUGAGCAAAGUUGUAAAACAGCUUUGAGAAAAAUCAAAUAAAAUCUAAUAUCACUGUCCUCGUAGACCACCAAUACAUCUUUAUGUGCUCUGCUACCUCUAGAAAAGUUUUCUCGUGCGCAAGUGAGGGAACUUCACGGGAUGUGUUUUCAGUCAUGGCAAUCCUCAGCAUUCCAAAAACUAGGAGAAAACGUUGUGCAAUAUGGUAGUAAAAGUCCUGGCCAUUUCACAAUUUUACAUGUCGCGCGAUGUUCCUUGAUUGUAUAUCUAGACUACGUACUAAAUAAUCCUCGAAGCUGGACAAGUAGUUCUGAGCGCUGAAAUAUCGUCGCAACACUUGCUUGGAUUACCAUGCCGAAAUCAGGAUGAUAAGUCGCUGUCGCGCACUUGUCCCCAGUCAACUCACCUUCUCCGCUAGCAGGAAAACGUAAAACGAGUCUCUUGAUCUGGAUUCUGUCAGCCAUCCCAUGAAAAUUUGCACAUGGCUACAUCUGUUGUCCCUGUCAAACCCCUCGCGAUCGACCAUCCGGGACACCUUACGUGACGUAGUGCUCAUUGAUUGCUGUCCGGGUAUUUCUCGAUUUUAGUGCUUCCUUUGAGCAGAUCAGGCACAAUGUCUUUGCCACUUGCCCAGCCGCCUUCGCGUUUGGUUACCAAAUCCCAUACCUCAUAGUCGGCCCUGUACAAUUCUCGCACUUUUUGAAGCAUUUCUGGAGUAUAAUACUCUUUGAUUUUUCCGUCAGCUCCCUGAGCAUGCCCAACAACAUCCCAAGGGUCUGGUUUCCCGCGGGCUUUCGCUGAUUUUCUCGUUUUCUUGCGACCAAUUGAGUCGUCGUGACUCUUGUUCGGAUCCUUUUUCCUGUGUUGUUGAAAUCCGAAUUCCCGCAGGUGCARCGGUGUACUGUCCACCUCGUCCUGUAGUUGAAACAGGGCAUUGCAGCUAUCCGCUCUUUGUGUCCGGUUGGAUUUUCUGUUCCUGUAGAAUUUUCCGUGCGACUCCCAUAGGUCGACUUUUUCAAGCAAGGCUUUCGCAUGCUCCGAAACACGGUCCAAAGUCCCCAAAAAAUCGAAGCGAUCGAUUUUUUCCGACAUCCCACAGCCCCAGACCUGUGGCCGCCAGUGCGGAUCUGAGCACCAAUGGAUUCCCGUCAGCCCGGUAGCGUUCUUUCCAUUCUUCGAAUCGCGACAAUAUAGUGCGUCGGGUGGAUCUUGAUCGAGACCCACCAAAAAAUCUUUGAACGUAAAAUCUGACGUCAACUUCAAAUCCUUGGCAACGGACCCACCGCGCCUCUUGAUCUGAAGCUUGUCUAGAUAAGCACUAAGCAAACGCUCCGCCGGGUCGCGCAAAAUUGCAGCAAACGUCCACUCUUCGUCGUUCCAAAUUUCUUGUUGCACCUCAGGUGCCAAGAGAUCAAAGUUCCACAUCUUUAAGUCCGGUUUGSCGUAUGGAAGAGACAGAUAAUCGUGGGCUCCCAUGACGUAUCGUAUAAACUGCUUCCAGGCGGUAAUGCCUACUUUUGGAAUCCCGCAAAAGGCCAGUUUGGCGCUUGGAAUAAUAUAUAGGUUUUGAA